AUGGGCCUGGACGACCGGGGCAUCGACAGAGGAAAGUGCCGAGUCGAAGAAUGCGACUGCACAGAAUUUGUGGCAUCAGAUGCCAUGAGUUGUGGAUACUGUGGUGAUCCACCAGCAAAACACCAAAACUUACAACAACACGUAUCUAGCAGUACUGCCAGUAGCUCUACCCAAAAUGUCACUCUCAGCUCUAAUAUCGUUGAGGCUAAACAGUCUGGUGGAGCAACAAAGUUAAGUACAACUAUCGAGCCAUGGAUGAACAAAAAAUUUGGCUAUAUCUCUGAUCCGAAAAGAAAAACUGGACAAUUUUACAAUACCGUUUUGAAGUCGUUGUACGAAUCUUUUUGGCCAUAUUGUGGUAAUAUCACCAUUUUUCACAACACAUUUAUUGUUGAAAGGAACCGACAAUUAAAAUACAGUUCAAACUUUGGAAAUUUUCAGUCAAAGUUGGCAUAUUUCAAAAGUGAAAAUGAAGCAUGUGCAGGAAAAUACUUAAAGGAGGAUUACUUUCCCUUACCACAUGAUGUAGAUAAUUUAGAAAGAUUAAUCGACAAUGCCUCAAAACUAGAACAAAAAGUUGUAACUGAAAUAGAAAAAAUAAGUAAAGAUGAUGAUUCAUUGUUUUGUCAGAAUGGAAGACUAAAAUCAGGAAGGCAAAGUCAACACAAUUUCAACGAAGACACAAUACACAAGAUGAACAUUUUCAUUGCAGAUGAGAUAAAGCCGUUUAAUAAGACACUUGUUGAACUAAAACAAAAGUGUAAAGUAACUAGUUGGAACAAGAGAGGGAAAAAAAGAACUGAUAAACAAAGAAAACGAGAGAACAAGUGGAAAGUUGAAGCAAGAUCAAAGUGCAGGAAGUUAAAUAGAUGCAAAGAGAUCUAUGAACUAUUUGGUGGUCAUCUCAUGUCAGAAUGUUUCACUCCUGAAAUGGGGGCGUAUCAGAUUACCGAAAUAGAAGAUACAUGUACAUUUAUCGAAAACAUUUUUUCAGAUACCCUUAGUGAAUUUGACAAGUGUUGUUUGGCCGACAUGGUGAAAGAGGGUUGUUUCCGAGAGCUGGCCCUUGAAUUUAUUGAACAGUAUUUGUACCAAUAGUCCAAUAUUAUAAUGUGACACAGUUUAGUGAGAAUUGUUAUUGUUUAUAUGAGUUUACUUUAUACAUGUAUCUAGUCAGUCUACUUUCAAAUUAUUUUUACCUCAUCUUCAUAUUUUAUUGAUGGUUAAGCCUUUUGUUAUUAUUAUUAAUUUGAUGGUUAAGCUUUUUGUUAUUUUUAUUUUUUUCUCUGUUCUUUUACAUAAAUACAUUUUACACAUAAGUGCUUGUAGGAUUUCAGAUUGUGCCAAUAGAUUCAUCAUAUUUUGUUGAUUUUAUUUUACGUCAUACAUUGUUCUCGCUAUUCUGUCUUCCCAUAAAAUGGAGUUAUCUCUCAUUUGCACAGUUAUCUACUCUUUAGAGAAGGAAUUUUAAUAUAUAUUACAUGUACAAAAAUUUUGGCUUUUCUGCAAAUAUUUUUUCAUAUUAAACACACAAAUAUCAUCAUGAUCCUGGUCUCAGAUAAAAAAAAACAUUUUUCUGUGACAUGGCAUAAGAUUUGUUGUUCUGAUGGGAUCAUUAGGUCGCCCAAUUAAUUAAUUAGUAAAAAAUAAAAGUGAUGUUUAAUAGAAAAAUACCUUCUGUCAGGAAAGACAACUCUGGUAAAUGGGAGACAACUCUGCUUUAUGGGAGGACAGAUUUAUAUAUUUGACAAUCAUGCUUUUUUGUGCAGAAACACUAUCCAUGAAUUCGUUUUUUUACAUUUGUUAAACAGUUAUACAUGUCAAAUAUCUAAUCAAAUUUUUACAUAUUUUUUUUAUUCUAUAUCAAAGUAUUUUUUCAUGUUUAUUCUGUAUCAAAAUUUUUUUUUGUUGCCUUCACUGUUCUUAAAAUCUUGUAAAUGAAUUUGCUAUGUUGUAACUGUUAAAUUCACAUUGCUAGAUGUUCAUGAUGUUAUUUUUGUUUGUUAUAGAUUUAUCAAAUAAAUUUUUUUUCAUAUACA